AUGUCCGAAUCCGCUGCCGCUGCCGCCGCCGAGGCUGCCUCCACCGCCAUGCCCCAGUCCGACAACGCCGAGGUUGACGAGAUCGCAAAGGCCGGUGUCAAGGUCGCUGCUUACAUGGUCACUCUCGCCCUGACUGUUCUCCCCGGCAUCAUCAUCGCCAUCCUGGCUUUCGUUGCUUUCUUCAAGAUCAAGCGCAGGGGUGAUCACGCCCGUGCAGGUGUUCCGUGGUUCAAGGCUGCUGGCGGUCUUGCGUGCCUUUGGAUUCUCUUCGCUAUCAUCGGUCCCAUUUUGAUGGUUGUUGUCUUCGCCAAGAGGGACAAGGAGGACGGCAACGACUCAUGGGUUCUCCAGGCUCAGCAGUUCCCUCUGCUGACUGACAUGUUCAUGUACCUCGUCUUCUCCCUCCUCCUCGUCGCCCAGAUGGAGUUCGCCGUCGGCCUCAAGUACGUCUGCACCAUCUCGCGCGAGGAGAACGUCGCCAGCUUCGUCCAGGGCACCUCCCGCCGACCUCGCGCCGUCGCCAUCGUCUGCUUCCUCCUGACCUUCCUCCUCAACAUCGGUCUCCUGGUCAGCUCCGAGCUCCACUACUCCGGCAAGACCUCCUCCAAGCCCAUGGUCGUCAUGGACAUGAUCCUCAACUUCUUCCUGUUCUUCUGGGCUGUUGGAUCUCUGGUGCACACCGCUAUUCAGCCCCGUGCCCAGUCCCACAAGUCGCUCCGUGGCCUCCUCGUUGCUCUCGGUGUCAUGACCAUGCUCCGACACCUGUGCUUCGGCCUCGUCAGCGGCGCCCUGAACAUCGCCCUCCGAAAGGUCGGCGCCGGCCAGGUCAACACCGUCUCCACCAGCUUCCGAUCCUGCUUCGGUGCCUUCUCCUUCGUCAUCACCCAGGGUCUGGCCUACGGCGCCGUCAACAAGCUCCGCGGCGGUCUCUGGGCCAACGACGCCAUCGCCACCGCCAAGCUCGGCCACGACGAGGAGGAGGACUAA